UCGAAUAGUAGGCUAUAACGUUACGAAUUACGAUUGCGUCUACGUUACACAACUUUUGAAAGGUUGAAGUGUCAGAUUGUCAAUUUAAUGUGAAUUUUCGUUAAGUGUUGUAAUAAUGGAAGUGAUCGUGUCCGGUGAAUGUUUAAUUUAUGUCUCGUGUUUGUAUUUGAUUUGUGUUCCGUUUGUUGACAUCAAAUACAAUAUGGAGUUGUAAAAGUUAACUACCAAUAUGCUUGGUUGGCCAUGUAGGCUAUAGGUUAGGGUAUGGAGUAACUUCAUGGUUCAGUUUAAUUUAAAAUUUUAUUUCUUUGAUUCUUUUUAAACAUAAUAGCACAAUGUCAAAACAUACGUCUUCUUCUUGGCUGGAAACAUCUUGCACUGACAAAUGUAAAUACAAAGAACAUGGAAAAAACAUAACCUCUGUGAUAACAAAAAAUAGUAAUAUUUCUGAUUAUCAAUUGGCCUGCUAUAUAAAUAGUAUCUGCAAAAAUUAUGCUCAGGUUGUAGAUGAUGAGGGCAGGAAUGCUUUACACAUGGCAGCUUCUUGUGGUCGCAGAGACUUAUGUUAUUGGCUUGUUAAAGUUGGACAAGCAGAUAUAAACUCCAAAGAUCAAGAAUCAGGAUAUACAGCUUUACACAGGAGUAUAUUUUAUGGUCAUAUCAGUAAUGCUGUAUCUUUAAUUCAGAUGGGCGCACAGGUGCAGGUGAUGGACAAGGAGGAUUUGCAGCCCAUUGACCACGCCAUGAAGGACCGGCUAGUGAAAGAGUUCUCAGUACACAACCCUUGCCAAGUCUAUGCCUGGGGAACAAACUACAACUACACACUCGGUAUAGGCAACCAUCACAGCCGACAACAUCCUGAGCUCCUCGACUUCUUCAGAAAGAAUAAUACUUCCAUCAAACAGGUUGCGAUAGACAAGUUUCACAGUGUAUUUGUUUCAUCUACGGGUCGAGCAUGGGCAUGUGGGUACGGUCAGGGUGGACGGUUGGGAGUGGACUCGGAGCAGAUGGUACUCACCCCCCAGCGUAUUCGAAUACCUGCAGAGCUGGUGAUGUCUGCUAGUGUCGGCAGGAACCACACUAUACUGCUCAUGGAAAGUGGUGCAGUGUGGACCUGUGGUUCCAAUGAUCACCAUGUGCUAGGUCACAGUCCGCCACCGCCCGCCCUACAUUCUCCCCGUCCUAUACAGCCCCGCCACCUCAAGGCAGCUGGUAGUAUGGUGACGGGAGUGGCGGCAGCCCGGUUCCACUCAGUGUUCUGGUCUGAGUCCGCUAUACUCACAUGCGGCUUGCACGGUGGUCAGCUCGGCCAUCCUCAGUUCCUAGAGAGAACAGUUGUCAUUCCCAAACAGGUAAUGGGAAUAAGUUUAGGCCAAAAGCACAAGAUUGUAGAUGUUGCUGUAUCUGUUGGGGCCACUGCCGUCAUUGUCAACAAAGGAGAUAUCUGGGUCCUACACAACUACCAGGUCCGCAGGAUUGCUUCUAGAAUGCUUGAUGCAGUCAAAGUGUCAGUGUUUGGUGGAGAGUUGAAUGCUGAUGUAGAUCCAAAGCUGUCUGCUAAAGGGGGCGAGGAGCUUAAAGUGAUGGUACUUAAUUCUUUAGGGAACAUUUUUCUGUGGCAGGAAUCAUUUCCUACUCUUACGAGGUGCAUUUAUCCACUGAAACGCAGCCUCACAUUUACUGGAAUAAGCCUAUGUCGGUCAUGUGCUCUGCUCACUACUGCAGACGGGGAGGGAUACUUAGCUCGUGUUAAACCCAAGCUAAAGAAAAAAGUAGCAGUAUCAAUACCAAAAUCCGAGAACACGCCUUUCAACCGGUUCAUAGAGACGUUGGACUCUCAUCACAUAUCAAUAAACAGGGUUCCUCAUAUUCAUCGUGCCGUCCACAUCUCAGCUGAUCCCAAAGGCCAAAACUUCAUUGUUAUUCAGGAAAAUCCAAAAGUGAAUCUUACAGAUAUCCCAAUAGUAGGAGAUUCUGAAUUCCCCAAACAGCUAGCAGCACUUCUGAAUGAUGCUCAUGAAGAUGACUCUCUCCACGAUAUCUUGAUAGAAAGUGACAGGUAUUCAGUGGCUGCUCACCACUUGAUACUGGCAAUGGUCAGUGAGGAGUUUGCCAACAUGUCUCGCAGCGGUACUGUUCGAACAGUUACACUGGAGGGAGUUGAUAGAGAAGUACUCCUUCAAGUCCUUACCUUCGCCUACACUCAUGACUGUGAUAUCAUCCACCCAGGACCAUUUCAAACCAAUUUAUUCAAAGGCGAUAUAGUCAAAGCUGCUUUGGACUUGGCUAAAUUGUGGAAAAUUUCUACUCUGAUUAAGUGUCUUCAUCUAUUAAAAUAUGAGGAGGGUUCUAUAAAAUUGAAAGAGGAAGGCAACAGUGUACAGCAAGUGUUAGGAGAGAGACUUCCAUUUGAGCGCUUAAUGUUGGCAAACCUGCAUGAUGUGUCCAUAGCCAGCAGUGAUGGAGCCAGCUUUCGGGCCCACAAGUGUGUGCUGGCUGCUCGCCUCGAUUACUUCAAUAGCAUGUUCACUGGAGGAUGGGUUGAAGCAGAAGCAACUACUAAUUUAAGCCUUCCAAUCCCUCAAACUAUUCUCCGUGAAGUUCUAGAUUUUCUUUACAAAGAUGAAGCAGUUACACUAAUCGAAAGCCAGGAUGUUGAUUACAUUUCAAGUGUACUAGUGGUAGCUGACCAGCUGUUCAUAACUCGUUUGAAGCAGAUUUGUGAGGUGGCACUGUCAGGAAACAUCAGUCUCCGUAACGCAGCCUACCUGCUACAGCUGGCCAUCACUUACAAUGCUGAUCAGCUCAAGUGUUGUUGUAUGCAGUUCAUCUCUCUCAAUCUAGCAGCGGUGUUGGAGACCAGGAUCUUGGAUAUAUUAGACAACAGCACGCUGGAAGAGCUGUCUAGAUACUACAGGAACAUGAUACCAGCCAUGUGUAAACGAAUAAUAACUCCAUUCACAACUGAUGUAAGUGAAGAUGACAUAGUUGACAUUGCAAAUUCAUGUGGAGUCACUUGGCUGGAUUCUGAAGAAUUGACCAAUGAUGAUGAAUUAAUAAUAACAAAAUUGAACAAAUCAAACCCAACACCAACAGGAGGGAAAAAGAAAGUAUUUAGGAACCGGAAGUCAAGUGAAUCGCAAAGAAAGCGAAUUGAGUCAGUGAGCUCAAACAGUGACCUGGACUGUAGUUUGGACACUUCAUCUGAGAAAGUUGUUUUUGAAGACUUAGUCGAACUGGAUCAGAAAAACAAGAAAGAAGAAUGGGUGACAGUAGACAAGGCGCAGAAGACAGUACAGAACCGCUUGAAGGCGUUGGUGACUGCAGCUCACAUCCAGCCAACCCAGGAGGCCUACAUUCGACUUGUGCCUCCCUCUUUGAAUUCCUCCAUCGCUCCUUCCACUUCUCCCUCCAUCAACCCCCACCCAGUCAUACAAGACAACAGACAGUUCCCUGAGCUGUCUUCCACUCCACCUAAAAUGGGAUCUUCUCCAAAAUCAAGUUAUAUUGAGAUCAAACGAAGUCCUGCAGUGAAGUUAUCACAGAAACAGCGCAAGAAGCUACUGGCCGAUGGUGGGAUGAAAGAACCAGAACCAGAGCCGGAACCUGUGCGCACUCCAUGGGCUACCAUCAACAACAAUAUAGACUGUUCCCUGGCAGACAUCAUGCGCAGUGCUAGGACAGUCGGUUCUCCACCUACUCGUGGACCAGAUCAAGGAUUUGUAAAGUUUGCUGACAUAAUGGCAGAGGAGAUCCAACAACGGGACAACUUAUGCAAAAUGAAAUCCAAGUCUCUACAGCUCACCCAAAUUGAGGACAAAGCUAUGGAAGAAUUACGUGUGUUUUACAAUGCAGCACAUAUUUAUGAGGAACGCAUAACAGUGGAAAGAGUUCUCAGCGCCAACAUAGCCAAGCCAAUAUGGAUUACAUCACGUCACCAAUAAAGUUCGCAUGUAAAUAAAAAGUGUAUAUUUUA